CAACUAUUCAACUAGGUGCAAUCGAGUUGCCCCGGUCCCUUUCGCGGUCCAGGCUUCGGCUUCCAGUACCCGUUCCAGACAUGGUGGAGCCCGAGGAGCAGGUGCCCGUUUCUGGUGCUGUUUUCACCUUUGGAAAAACGAAAUUUGCUGAGAAUUCUCCUAGCAAGUUCUGGUUUAAAAAUGAUACACCCAUGUAUAUUACAUGUGGAGAUGAGCAUACUGCUGUUAUUACAGGAACUAAUAAACUUUACAUGUUUGGCAGUAACAAUUGGGGCCAAUUAGGACUAGGAACCAAGUCAAGCGUCUUGAAACCAACCUGCGUCAAAGCCUUAAAACCUGAAAAGGUGAAAUUUGCAGCCUGUGGAAGGAACCACACCCUGGUUUCAACAGAAGGAGACCAUGUCUAUGCAACUGGAGGGAAUAAUGAAGGACAGUUGGGGCUUGGUGAUGUUGAAGAGAGAAAUACUUUUCAGCGCAUUGACUUUUUUUCAGCGCAGCAUAAGAUCAAACAGCUCUCUGCUGGAUCUAACACUUCUGCUGUAUUAACUGAGGAUGGAGAACUUUUUAUGUGGGGUGACAAUUCUGAAGGACAAAUCGGUCUAGGCGAAGUACCUAGUAUCUGUGUACCCCGUCAAGUGAGCAUUGGGAAACCCAUCUCCUGGAUCUCUUGUGGCUAUUACCACUCAGCUUUUAUAACAACCGAUGGCAAGCUGUACACAUUUGGAGAACCUGAGUCUGGGAAGUUAGGUCUUUCCAGGGAGCAACUGGUCAAUCACAAAACACCCCAGCUAGUAUCUGACAUUUCUGAGGAAGUGAUCCAAGUAGCAUGUGGUGGAGAACAUACUGUGGUUCUCACAGAGAAAGCAGUGUAUACCUUUGGGCUGGGGCAAUUUGGCCAGUUGGGUCUUGGCACUUUUAUUUUUGAAGCAACAAAUCCCACACCCCUUGAACUCACGAAGGAUCAGAAAAUAUGUGAGAUUUCCUGUGGCGAAAAUCAUACAGCUUUGAUAACAAAUAUAGGCCAUUUGUAUACUUUUGGAGAUGGUCGGCAUGGAAAAUUAGGUCUUGGAGAGGAGAAUUUUGCGAACCACUUCAUUCCUACUUUGUGCUGUAAUUUUUUGAAGUUUAAAGUUCACCUGGUUGCCUGUGGUGGAUGUCACAUGCUAGUUGUUGCCAUUCCACAACUUGCUAAAGCAAUGGACACCAAUGAAAUAAAUGAGCCUUGCUUAUCUCCAGUGCCAUCUCUGCCCACAUGUGAAUCAGCCCAAGAAAGUACACUGCGUAGAACAUUAUCGGCCCGUGUUAGGAGAAGAGAGAGGGAAAAGUCCCCAGAUGCUGCUGGAGCAAUGAUGCACAUAAAACCUCCACUAGAAAAGACUCAGGAAUCACCUGAUCCCCUUCCUGAAACUUCAGUUCCUGAUGAUUUGUCCAGUAGUGAUCUGGAGGAGCCCACCGCGAAAGAGAAUGAAUCCAUGACAUCAAUAGAACAAGGUUCCGUGUGUCGUAAGCUUUAUCUCUUGCCUACCCACGUGAUGACUCUGAAUAUCAGUGACCAGUCAUUGAAAUUAUCACCAGUUCAGAAACAAAAGAAACAAGAUACAAUUGAGAAACUGGAGAAAGAUGCAGCUCAUACGGAAAAUGAUGAUGAUAGUAAUGAAUCUGAAUCUGAAGAGCUUUCCGAAAAGGGGACAGAAGGGACAGUAUGUCAACAGCAUUUGGCAAAAGGGAUUUUUAUGGAAACAACAGUGACUACCAACACAUGUUCAGAUAAAGUCUUAGGUACUGGCUCAGGUCAGUCUAAGCCUGAAGCCAAAACUUGUGAAGAGAGUUUGUUAAAAAAGAUACUCGCGUAUGACGAGAAUGAUGAUGUUUGUUGUCCACUUGAUGAUGAGGAAAUAAUAGCAGGCGGAAAUAGAGGACAUGGUCAGAAGGAUUCAGAUAAAGAAGAAAUUGACUCUGAGAAGGAAACUGAGCUGACAGAAAUGAAGGAUAUAGAAAGCUCGGAGAAUCCAAAAAGUAGCCUUACCUUUCUUGAGCCCUUAGAAACUGCAGACUUGUGUAAGGAGGAUGAAGAAACUGAUGAUAUGGUUGAGGGACCAGAAAGAGAAAGUCAAGAUGUGAUAUUUGACAGCAAAAGAGAAUCUAUUGGUCAAGAUAGUUACAUGGAAAGCAAAAGUGAAGAUUCCAAGGGUACACCUGAAGAAUUAGAGCAGCUGGAAUCCGUAGAGUUUAGUCACGGAGAGGAAGAGGUUUACGCAUUGAAGCAUGAACACCAAUUGUGGUAUAGAAGAAGUUUUAUUGAACAAAGAAAUGAGAGAGAGACUGAAUUCAGAAUAUCCAAUUUCAUGACAAAAUUUAAUUGUAAGUCUAACCACUUGUCAGAGAUCCCAGAGGAACAAGAAGUUACAGAUUCAGAUGAAAGUUCAUUAGAGGAGGAAGAGAGAGAGGAAAAUCAGCAAGAUGAGGCAGUUUUUGGACAAAGAAAGGAGGUGGAAGCAGAUGUGUCAGAUGAUCAUCUUACAGACAUAGAUGAGGUUGAAGAAUCUUUGGAUAAUGAAGAAACAGAUUUAGAUGAUACGGAUGAGGAGAGUACCCAGGAACAGAUAGACAGCAAGGAGGAACCCGUGGAAGUCAAUGAAAACGUUCCUGUGGUUCCAAAUGAAGCAUCAAAUGACCCCAGUGAGGCAGAACAAGCCAGUUGCAGCACAAUGAAAACUGUUGAAAUGGAAGAAAAAUCCAACAGAGAAGAACGGGCUAUUCAUGAAUACAAUGAAAAUCCAAAAGGAAAGAUGCAGUCUUGUCCCAUAGACGACUCGUUAAAAAACAAAGAAGAAGUUAGUACAGACGUAAAUAAGCUGAAGAAGGGUUUUCUCUUUAAAAGGAUGUCACUGACAAGUCAUAAAAAUAGUAACCAGCCACUCCCAGAGAUAAGACCAAUAGGAGAUCAAAUAUUUUUUAAAGGAAACAAAAUAGAUGCUAACCAGAACCACAUGGGACAAAAUACUAAUGAUACUGCAUCAGAAAAUGAGGACCAAAAGUCAAAGUCUUGUUCAAUACUCUAAGGGUGUAUUUCUGUCUUUGUGGUCACCAAAUGCAAUGUACUUUAUACUUGAAAAACAAUAUAACUUCUAAAAAAAGAUCCUGAUAAGAUAUUUUUAAAGUUAGGCUUAAUAUGUAUUAUGUGACUAGUACGACCAGGUUUGGUAUUUAUUUAUGCUAUUUUUUAACAGACAACUUAAAAAUAUGUGUAUCUCAGACUCCCGUCCAAGUGUUGUGGCCUUAACUGUUCAGUGUUGCAAUUUGUUCAAAAAGUAUAUUUUUGUAAGAAAGAUUUAAGAUAUUUCCUAGUUUUUACAUACAAGUUUACCUCUUUCUAAUUUUGCAAGGCAAUGUUUUCAGUCUCAUGACACUGUAGUUUUUUUUUAAUGUAUUUGCAGUUUUUAAAACUCAAUACAAAAUUGUUUCUAAUAAGCAUAUUUUAAUAAAUGAUCUCUAGUUGGUUCCACUGUUAAAAUGGAUGAGUAGGACUAAAUUUGGAGGUUCUUGGAGUUCAUAAUUAACACAAUUGGGGCAAAGCAUUUACCUAAAUUUAAAAUAUUGGAGGAAGCAAGCUGUCUUGACUUGAAUCAAGGAAAUACCAAAUGUAACUGCUAGCAGUACAUCUUUGUGAACUUUCUUUGCUUCCUGCUUUCUUUAGGGAAGUGACUUGACAUGAAAACAUCUUGCAGAUGUUGUACUAUCCGGAAUGUUUAACCAUCCCACUAGUAGUCACCAUAGAACAGAACAGAACAUAGCUUGCUCAUUUGAAAUUCCUUUAACAUUGACCCACCAAUACCCACUGCCAGUGAGUUGAUUCCAACUCUUGGCCACACUCUAUAAUAAUGUUUCCCAAAGUGGGUGAUACUGCUCCCUGGAGGCACUGGAACUAUAUAGGGUGGUUGCAGAAGCAUGUAUCCAUACUUUAUCCUGGA